AUGGCUGCAGAGGCCGAAGAAAGCAGCUCGCCAAAACUCAUCGGUUUUCUGUCCUUACUCCUCCAGCGUGUGGCCGAGUCGAACGAUCUCAGAUGUGAGGCCCACACUCAGAAGAUCUCAUCGGUUUUCCACGGCCUCACGAGGCCCACAAUCUCCAUCCACAGCUAUCUGCAGAGGAUCUUCAAGUACGCGAACUGCAGCACGUCGUGCUACAUUGUGGCAUAUGUUUAUCUCGACCGAUUCACACACAGCCAGCCGGCUCUCAAAAUCGACUCUUUGAAUGUGCACAGGCUGCUUAUAACUAGUGUCAUGAUCUCUGCUAAAUUCAUGGAUGAAAUGUAUUACAACAAUGCAUAUUAUGCUAAAGUAGGAGGGAUGAGCACAAGAGAGAUGAACAUUCUUGAAGUGGAUUUCUUAUUUGGUUUGGGAUUUCAUUUAAAUGUGACCCCAUCAACUUUUCACUCUUAUUGUUCUCAUCUCCAAAAAGAGAUGAUGAUGAUGAUGAUGAUGCAGCCUCAGCCUCAGCUCAACAUUUCAGAGGACCCAGCCUGUUUCUUAUAUUUCCCAUCAUCAUCGUUGUCGUCAUCAUCGUCGUCAUCGUCGUCAUCAUCAAAAAACUUAAUCCAUUUGUGCUUUAAUGAAGAUGAAUCAUCAUCGCCUCACCAACAACAACAACAGCAACUUGCUGUCUUCGGAGAUGGGUUUUUGGGAAGGAAUGAAAUUGGGAAAAGGGCGGGCGAGACUGUGAAGAGAAAGAAAAUGGAUGCUGGUAGUGGCAGCGAGGUGGCCGCUGCAAUUCAGUCGUUGGGAGAAGGGUUUAUGAGAAUGGAGAAGGUGAAAAUGGAUAUGAGGAGGCAAAUUGAAGAGAUUAGGGUGGAGAUGGAGCUCAAGAGGACCCAAAUGAUCCUCGAGUCACAGCAGAGGAUUGUCGAGGCCUUUGCAAAGGCAAUUACCGAAACGAGUGCUAACAAGAAGCAGAAAAGGAUGCAUUCUAUGCCCGAUUGCUGA